AUGGAUAAUAUGCAAAAUGAUGAAAGUGCAAAAGAAAUGUUUAAACUUGCUGAUUUUGGGCAGAACUUGAGAAUACAUAUAUCUAAUUCUAAACAAAAAUUGGCUAACGAUCAAAGCAAAGGAAAGAUCAACAGCAAACUGCCGAGAAUUGUUCGCCAGUCAGUGCAAUCAAAAUUUUUCAAAAGUAUUGAACAUUUGAAAAGUUUACACGACCAGACUGGAGAUUCAUUACCCGGAUCAAGCAAAAUGGGCGGUUUUCCAAUGAAAAUGAAAAAAGAUGACUCGACAGACAAAUCAAAACCAAGUCUUAUACCGCGUCGAAAAUGCAAUAAAGAAGAUAGUUGCGAGUUGUUAAAAAAAAAUGAAACUUCUAACAACCAGUUUAUACCUGAAUGUAGAAAUGUUCAGAGAGUUCAAAUGUUGAUAAAUCAAGAAUUCUGCCCAGAGGAUCGCGUACCUCCACCGGCGUCGGUACAAUCGACGAGACCUAUUCCAACUCUGGGACAGAUUUAUGGCCGAAUCAAUAUGAUAGAUAGUGACCGACUGAACGAUUGGUUCAUGGAAUUCUCUCCAAUAAAUACAACAGCGUCAAACCCGAUAACUGAAAGUACACUUAAUGAGGACGAUGGAGCUUCAAGUACUGUGGCAUCACCAGCAAAUUGUCAUCAACAAGAGCUUGGGAAACCCACUAUGGUACUAGACAGAAAGAAUAUCGUAAUGAAUGAACUUCAAAGUACUAAUGAAAAUGUCACUGUGUGGCUUUCAUCUGAUGUCCAGUUUCCUACUAGGGAUACUGAAUCAGGUUAUAAAACAAUGAGCAGCAAAAAUGCCGAAAAAUCUACUGUACUAUCAGAGUCGGAUUGUAAGACGGCUAAUUCAAACAAAACGUAUACUUUGGGUAUUAUACAAGACAACAGCUGUAGCUUAUGUGCAUCGUCUAGGCCGGAGUCGGAGUGCAGUGAGGGUCCAAGCUUGUUAUUAAAAGAACAACAAACAGUUGUCCUCUGUAUGUCCCCCGAAAUAGGAAAUAGGCAAGAAAUCACGGAAAGUACUGGUGUUAUUCCUAAAACGAACAUUACUAUCAAAAUAUCACAAGUACCCAAACCAGUUUCAGAACCAAACAAAGUCCCACAGUCAACCGAGCAACCCACCCCUUGCCCUGCAAACGUGAGCCACGCAGUGACACCAACCCAACGAAUACCAGUACCAUCUUACACUGAAUGCUUGUCAGAAAUAUUGCAGAAGACCACCAACUUUGAAAUGAUGGAUGCUAUAGGAGUCGACAAUGAUAAGACACAAACUAGCGCUGUCACCACCGAUACUAGUGAUAAUAUAAUAUCAAAUGAAGAGGCUACAGAGGGAAAAAGAGAUAGGAUGGAUGAGUUUGUUAUUGAAGCCCAGACGAGCCCUGGGUGGGGUCAACUGCCAGAUCAAUCGAAUUCAAAUGAACUGAUUACUGAUAAUUCCACUGCCGUAACCACUGACUGGUCUACCAAGUACAAAAGCGAUACGACUGAAACUGAUUCCAAAAGUAGAGAAAGCCCAAACCGCGACAGCUGCACCAAUAAGAAUGUAUUUUAUAAAAAACACAGUGACAGUAAAGCUAAGAGUAGUCUACCAAACAUAUGCCCGGGGUGCCAUCGCUACAAUAAAUUUCCUAGCAGUCGGUACAAAAUGCUAAGUCCUUUCGUAACCUGGCGACGACGCAUAUCAAUCCGCCGGAUUUGUCGGCGGCGAUUGUGGAACCGUGUGUGGAAGAAGACUGCUGAACGAUGGGCCGCCUGGUCCAUGAGGUCUUCAGUACGAUUUAAAAAAUUCCGCGUCAUGCAGCAUUUGAAACGUAGAACAGUAUGGGAAGACGCUGAUGUACAGACGUAUACACCGAUUUAUAGUGAAACAGGUACAGACAGUGUUCCAAAAGAACUGAAGUCCGCAGCAAUAAGUACUGUGUUCAAUAUGGGAUCCUGGCUGAAUAUUAACAAUCUUAAUGAGUCCACGUAUAAGUUUUCGAAUCAUAAACCAAAAAGCAAGCCUUCAAGUCUAGGCCCUUCCAUGUAUCCAUUUUUGUAUAAUUCACAACAAAGAUCUCCAUCGGCAAGAACGAUAAAUAUAGAGAGAUCUCAAGUAUAUCGUCCUCCUUGUUACCGAGAUAAUUGCAACCGUGCUACUAAUAAUAUCAACAGAUUCUCUUGGAGUACUAACAAGAUUGAAUUCUGCAAAAGUUGUCAGUAUGAAGAUAAACACCUAAUGCCAAUAAAAGUGGAGCGAUCGACCAGUUUCACGCAAAUGUUCUUAUUGAAUUUGUCCAAUCAACACACAGACACGUCAGAUUUACCUUACUUCAUGUACGAUAAGGUAACGAGCACCUUUAUGAGGUCCACCCCAUAUCGAAUGUCUGUAGAAUUAUCGAAGGAUGCCUUCACGCAAAAGAUUAUCAUGUGUCAUAAUGCAGAAACGGACGUAUCAUUCCUUCCAAUGUUCAACCACAGUUCGACAGGAACGAUUACUUCUGCUUGUGACAUAACAUAUUACAAACCAUAUACCGGUUCAGAAAUAACACAACUUAAUGAAACAAAAACUCAGCAAUCAGUGUUUCCUACUUUGCGAAAAUUACAAUCAAGAGCUGUUAGUGCCGAACAACAAAAUGACAUUUCAGAAAUAGACACACAGAUGUCACCAAGCUUGUCUGUUAACAAAAUAACAACAGGCAUAUCAACAGUAAAGCUAAAAGUGUCUGAAAAAACAACGAGUUUUCCAACCAAAGAUAUAACGAUACUACAUGAGGAGACCGAAUCGAUGCAAGAACAGAAACCUGAGUUAUCAUCACAGACUGAGGAGAUUAAACCAGAACCUGCAACAGAAACUGAAACUCAAAUGACUCCUGAAGCCUCCAUAGCUGAAGUGUCAACGGCUUUCACACCCGCACCAUCAACGGUUGAAGUACAUGCUGUAAUGAACAAUUGCGUAAAAGAAAGUUAUGCAGUUCAAACAGUAUCUGCCAAUCCAACAACGCUCGCUUUGACAGCCACGAAAAUAAUGUCCAUUUCAUCAAAACAAUUACUGCCUACAUCAAAUACAUCAAGUACAGUAACAACAGGGGACAAGCCAGCGGUGGCCUGCAAUGUAUCAUAUAGACAAAACUGUACGUGUACGCCCUUGAACGUCGUGACAUGCGGCACGGACGUCAAAUUCACAGAUUUAUAUUGUACCAGAGAAACAUCGGCAGGAGCAAUGGAUUCCUAUUAUGAAACACAAUUAUUACUGAACAAUCUGAUUAAGAAGGCUCUCAUGGGAAAAACGUCACUUCAGAUGCAGCCUGAUGGGAAAGAAGGGACCAAGAACCAACCACUGGUUUAUGUAACGACCAGCACCAAUACUCACGUGGGUCUAGAAACGAAAUCCAUAGGUGCCACUAUGUCGGAGAUAACCGAAUUCGUAGGCAUGUGCAAAACUGAAAUUGGCAUACAAUAUGCAGAAGAUAACACCGAUAAAGAGGAAGUUCCAGAUGAAAGUGAGAAAUUAGAAGACGAAUCAAGUUUAACAAGUGAAUGGCAAAAUCAGGUACCAAUGUGCACAGUGAACCAAAAGGCCAGCGAUUUACCAACACAAACUGAAUUUGAUGGACCGGGUCCCAACAAAUCCGCCUCAAUCAUGACGUCAUACUGUGGCCAAGCUCAAUCUAUACAAGUACCAGCAGUAUCCGUUUUCAAAGUGGAAACCAUAUCUAACAUUGAAAAACCUUCAUUCAAGCAGGCGGGCUCACAUUUAAAGUCCAGUAUUGAAAACCCUACGUCCAUAGAAAAACUUGCGUCCACAGAAGAACUUGCGUCCUUCUUCUCACAUAUGAGCUCGUCCACAGAAAAACCUGCGUCUAUAGAAAAUCAUGUGUCCACAGAAAAACCUACGUCUAUAGAAAAUCAUGUGUCCAUAGAAAAACCUGCGUCCAUAGUAAAACCUGCGUCCUUCUCCUCACAUAUGAGCUCGUCCACAGAAAAACCUGAGUCUAUAGAAAAACAUGUAUCCAUAGAAAAACCUGCAUCCAUAGAAAAACCUGCGUCCAUAGAAAAACCUGCGUCCAUAGAAAAACCUGCGUCCAUAGAAAAACCUGCGUCCAUAGAAAAACCUGCGUCCAUCUGCUCACAUAUGAGCUCAUCCACAGAAAAACCUGGAUCGAUAGGAAAACCUGCGUCCAUCUUCCCACAUAUGAGCUCGUCCACAAAAAAACCUGCGUCCACAGAAAAACCUGCGUCCAUUUCCUCACAUAUGAGCUCCGAUAAUCAAACUGACACUGACACAAACCCAACUAAUUUGAGCACGCGUCAGUCUGGUCAGAAGUCCGUAGAAUUCAGGCAGUCAAUCAAACCAAGUUACAAUACUUUGAACAAACCGAUUACUUCAAAGACUCAACGUGAAAACGAUAUCAAAAAGCAAAUAACUUCCCUAUCCCGAUUGAUGGGCAAGAAGAAACACAGUUCUACAAUCAGUACGCCAGUACUCGCACAAUUCUCAACGCCAUUUUGCAGUGACAUGACUGCCGAGAAUUGGAUGAAUGAGUGUCAUUCUAUGAGAAAUGCGUACCCAAAAAUGACCAUUUCUGACGAAGAUGAGGUACAGAACGACAAAAUUGCAAUCGGACCCCCAACAAUAACUUUAUCAAAGGACAGUCUAGAGGACGUACUACCCAUAAGCAGACUGAAAAAUAAAAGCUAUAUUAAAAAUAAUGACACCGAUAUCACUGUGAACCCUGUAAUGAUUGAUGAAGUUACAUCAGAUGAAAAUAUCCUUGUAACCAAAGAUGUCAAAGAGUCUAUACUUCAAGCUUGUCCAGAUAUUUGCGAAACAGGAACGGAGUCACUGCUGGAAACACGGAAAUCUGCCUGUGUGCUGACAACUCAAUGUGUUCUACCAUCUCCUUCACCCUGUUCUGGGAGCUUGCUUCCCGGGCACGGUUCCAACAACGAGUGCGUGUUUGUGUAUGGACAGCCUCAUUGCGCGACACACAGAAAAAGCGCCGACGCCCAAGUUCAGAUCGAGUCGACAGCCGACAGUGAUCAUUCCGUUGGUAUGCUGACAUCUCUGUGCGCGAUGCGAGCAAUGCGCAGUCAACGGAAAUCCAGCGUACGCAUUGCAGAAGUUUUGUCACCGAAAGUUUACAAGGCUUUGUAUGAGACCACGAAGUUGGUGGUUAGCGACUCGAACAAACCCAACAGAGGAAACAGUGAUGUGUUCAGAAUCGAUGCAGAGGUCGAAGCAGGAAAGGUUCCCGACGUAAGGUCAGCAGGCGUGGUUACUUCAGACGACCGUCCCUGCAGUCUCCUGGGGCACCAGAGUUCGUGCAACGAUAGAGGCACUCAUGGGAAUAACCUCUGCACAUUAUACCGCGUCACUAAAAACGACGAAAAAGCUCUCACUCAAACGAAUUUUUUCAACGUGGCAGAUGAUGCUAUAGAAGGUCUUGAUGAAUAUCUGCGGAGUCACCUGGUUACAUCAUGUCGUUACUACAGCGACUUGCUUACGAAACAAUUGGGUCGUGUCAAAAAUAACUUGGCGAGACACCUAGCGCAACCUAUGGAGGAACCAGUACAAACUGCUUGCUUACCAGUGUUUAAAGUCGAAGCCUGCACAAUGAAACCAAGUGGUCGCGCCGCUUUAGCCAGCCAGACGAUUAAACACCCUUAUUGCAAACCCACAAGACACAUGUCUUGCUGCAUACUUUCCCCAGCAAUAAGCCUAACAGAUAUUUGUAAAAACGACAAGACUAAUUUAAAGUCAGUUUAUUACAUGUUAUCCGCAAUAGAAGGGAGAUUGAGAAGGCUCAAGUUAAGCACCCACAAUGUAUACUAG